GUUUGUUACAGUACAGCUGUGGUUUUGUUAACAGUAAUAACCUUUAUUUAUUGGCUCAGAUUUAAGGGUUAGAUGCAAGUUAACAAGCUAAUUGUUUUUCACCCUGCAAUCCAAAGUAUAAAAUAAAGGUGCCCUUGUUAAUGUCUCUAGGUCUGUGAUGAGUUUUGGCAUGUAUUAUCUGACUAUAAUUUUGAAGAUUAUCAUUUUAGCUCUAUAAUUACUCUGAGACCUGAGAAACAAGCUACUAGCUUCUUCAUCCACUAGAAUGCACAAGUAGAGUUGCAUUUGCAUGUUACUCUUUUGGUGGGACAACUUACAGCAGUUUUACAGUCAUAAGUGGUUGGAUGUAGUCCACACCAAUGGGAUUCCACUUCCAGCAGGAAUACUGCAUGUCGGAAUAUUUGAGGAUGAGUGGUGUGUAUUGGGGACUGACAGCAAUGGAUCUCAUGGGGCAGCUGCACCGAAUGAACAAAGAAGAAAUUCUAUCAUUCAUCAAAUCAUGUCAACAUGAGUGUGGUGGAAUAAGUGCCAGCAUAGGUCAUGAUCCUCAUCUUCUGUAUACCCUCAGUGCUGUCCAGAUUCUUACCUUAUAUGAUAGUCUCCAUGUAGUUGAUGUAAAUAAAAUUGUUGAAUAUAUACAGAGCUUGCAGAAAGAAGAUGGAUCAUUUGCUGGAGACGAAUGGGGAGAAAUCGAUACAAGGUUCUCUUUCUGUGCUGCAGCAACUCUUGCACUUCUGGGAAAGCUGGAUGCCAUUGAUGUGGAAAAAGCAGUAGAAUUCGUUUUGUCCUGUAUGAACUUUGAUGGAGGAUUUGGUUGUAGACCAGGUUCUGAAUCACAUGCAGGACAGAUCUAUUGUUGCACAGGAUUUCUGGCUAUAACAGACCAGUUGCAUCAAGUAAAUGUUGACUUGCUGGGUUGGUGGCUUUGUGAACGUCAGUUACCUUCUGGGGGUCUCAACGGACGACCAGAGAAGUUACCUGAUGUAUGUUAUUCGUGGUGGGUGCUAGCUUCUUUGAAGAUGAUUGGUAGGAUACAGUGGAUUGACAGAGAGAAACUGCGCUGCUUUAUUUUGGCAUGCCAGGAUGAGGAGACUGGAGGAUUUGCUGACAGACCGGGAGAUAUGGUGGAUCCAUUUCAUACCUUAUUUGGUAUUGCUGGACUAUCUUUAUUAGGAGAAGAACAAAUUAAGGCCGUCAAUCCUGUCUUUUGUAUGCCAGAAGAUGUCCUUCAGAGAAUAAACGUACAGCCUGAGCUUGUAAGCUAAGCCUCGUAAGAGACAAAAGCUUUGUAUGACCAGUUGCUUUGGUUUUACUGAUUUAUAAUAUCAUCUGUGAAACUGUCAGCAUAUUCUUCUUUCAGAUGUGUUUACAUUAUGGAAGUAAAGCAGUAGCUUUGCUGUGGACUUUGUCACUUCAUAAAUUGUUUCAGAACAGGCUGAUUCUCAUAAUCUGAGUGUAACAUGUUAUUUGGUUGUAUUCUAAGAUGUGUAGAAACAUUUAAAUUCUGUAUCUAAAUCUAUGGGCCUUGGCUUGGUUUUUUUUUUUUUUUAAUGUAAGAUUCAAAUCAGAGCUUGACGGUGUGAAUGCUUAACUUUUCUAUUCCUGUAAUAUCAACCAUGCUAGUACUGGUCUUCAUACAGGCCUCUUUUGAUGGUGGAUCAUGCAAAGCACUUAAAAAAAAAAUAAACCCAAACCAAACAAACCAAUAAAAUCCUAUCUAAGCCAUGCACUUAAUACCACACAGGUAUUUAAUUAUUCCUGUUCACAUUUGCCAUCACUUUUCUAUACUGAGAAACAGCUGCUUCUUCUCACAAUAAUUGAUACCAGUAAUACCAUAAUUAUGGUUCUUUUAAAUAUACAGAUGUCUUCAUGUAUUGAUGAGUCCCUUAGACAAAAUUCUACUGAUACUUGAGAUACAGCAUACCUUGAGUAUGUAUAGUGAAACUUGCUAACAUUAAACGUUCUAGAGAAGGUCUCUGUUGGAUGGCGACUUGUGAUUGAACAUAGAGUUGAUUCUAAAUCUGUUGCUGGGUUGAAAUCCUGCUUUUGUAGCUUUUAAGACACUAAUUGUCAACACUUGAUUUUGCUGUAAUUGAAAAUAAAACUAGCUGUGGAAAAUA